AUGUUAGAAAAAAAGUUUGCUGACAUUGACAAGAAAUUUGAGAAUGUUUUAAAUAAGAACAAGAGGAAGUUGGAAAAUGCUCAGAUAAAGCCUAUACAUGACAAGUUCUUAUUUGCUCAGAAUGGUAUAACAGGUCUAAUCGCACCACCUGGGUCGGGUAAGACUUUCACUUAUCUUAAAAUGGCUGCACAACAACAAGAACUAGAUGAGAAGAACCCAUUCUAUGAGUUAGUAGUCAUUUGUAGUACUUCUGGUCAAUUUGACCAAACCGUCAAUUCGUUCAAAGAUAUUAUAAAGAAGUCUAAGUUAGUAUGUAUAAAGGAUACUGAGUUGUUAGAUUGGAUAAAGAAGUACCAAAGAAGAGUUUUGAAGUACAAUGCUAUAAAUGAGUAUGUCAAUUCUAAGUUUAAAGACCCAAAUGAGGAAAUGCAGAGAAUAUUAGAGAAGAAACACUUCAGAAACAAACAGAAAGAGAUAGAAUACAUUUCGAAGAAAUUGCAAUCUUACGAUUGGAAAACGUACCCUCAUAGAUGUCUUCUUAUCUUAGAUGACUUUGCUUCUCAUCCUUUGUUAAAGAACAGAGAACAAGAUAUGUGUCGAAUUCUUAAGAAGCUCAGACACUUUAACAU